GUUUAGUAGGUAUUUAUGAUUGUAAUUAAAUUUCUACCUUUAAUUUUGUUUAUCUUAUCUUUACUGUCUUACAGAUAAGAACGUUAAUGUAACUCGAGUUGUAUCUUAUACGCCUAUUUAGCGUCGUGCUUAGGUAGUUUUUUAUUUCAAUUUUGUAGUGUUUACCACAAAAAUGGAUUUAAUAAGGACUAGUUUACAUAUUAAUUUAAAUCCAAGUGAAUCAUGUGAUUUCAGUGUUGAUUCAACUAAAAGUUGGAAUUUUCCUCUUGUUUCUACAAUUAAAUUAUUAUUAGGAGAGUUUUUAUUAACGUCUUUAUUUCUAAGUUAUGGAAUCUACCUCACAGAGUUUGUUAGAGGUGAAUUAUUAUCGUACCAAUUUGCAUUGUGGACACCAAUAACUUUUGUUACAGUUUGGUUUAUAACAAAUCCCAUAAGCGAAUUAAUUCAUAAAGGUCGAAAAAACGAACACAGUCAGAUUAUUUGUUUAAUAGCGGCAUUGCUUUUAACUUUCUCAAUUUUUAUCUGUUCUUUUAGUCUGCCGUGGGUUAAAUUACAAAUUUUAAAUUAUGGUGUAAUUGGAGGUGUUUCUACAAGUAUUAUAUUAACUCAAAUAAAAUUAGAAGCUGAAAUUGAGUUUCAGUCGCACUUAAAAAUAAUGGAAAUUGUUUCUCAAACAUCCAGAGCAAUAAGUUUACUCGUAUUUCCUCAUCUCAUUGGCUUGCUUAUACCGUGGGUUGGAUCAUUUAAGGCGCAAACAAUUCAUUCUGCGAUAAUACUUCACAUUAUACCAAUUAUUUUAAUUAAAAAUGAUGACAAUCAUGUACUUGGUUCAUCUAAUAGCAUUCUAUCUCGAUACAGGACUAUUCCGGGACUAAUAAAUAGUCAAGAAAUGAUCGAUUUAGGUUCCCCUACUAGAAAAAAAUUUGUUGAAUUCGACUCAAAUGAAACAUCCAGCUCUUCAUCAAAUAAUAGUAGUAGUAGUAGUAAUAAUUUUUCAGUGGAUGAAGAAAGUGAAGAUGAUGAGAUAGCCCAACUUGGUGAUUUUAAAAAUGAAAUGGGUGUCCACGUUUUGCCUCAAAUACCGGAAGAAAGUGAAACGGAUGAAGAUGAAGAAAAUAGCCACAUUAACCGAUUGAGUGUACUUAGCGACAAGUUACAAGAAAUUAUCGUAAAAGAUGAGAACACUUCCGAACCACUCGUUCUGUCUGUACGCGAAAUUAAUAAAUCAUCAGUAAAUAACAUUUACUUAGUAGAUUCAGAUUCAAAAACGAUAAUUAAUGAAGAUUGUUACGCAAAUCGGAUGAAGUGCUGCAGCAUUAUUAAUCUUUCACCUUAUCAAAAGUAUAAAUACAAGAGGUGCAGGAAAGAAAUAUUCUGUUUUCUCCAAGAAAAAAUUCUGAAAAAAAUGAGAUUUUGUUUUAGUUUAAGAGAAUUUUACGUAUUGCUUAUAACUAAAUCGUUGAUCACUUUCGGAAUUGUAGUUUUUGUAACUACAAUUCCAUAUCUUCUUCUGGAGAACAAAAAAGACGAAGAUCUAAUAUUGUCCGCUGUGGAUUGUCCAAUAGUUUUAUCAGCAAUUUCUGUAAUGUGGAUAUUUCAUUUAUUCGCUAUUCCUUGGUUUCCUAAUUUAUCCAAAACACAAAAACACGUAAUUUUCGUAGUGGGCUUAUUAGUAGUCAAUUUUAGUUUAUUACCAGCCACUGUGGGUUUAUCUAACGACAUCAUUAUAAUAUUCUGUCUUAUAUUCGGCCUAGGUAAUGGAAUAUUAAUUCAUUAUGAAGAAACAAUGUACAGUGAAUUUAUUGGAACUCUAAACUGGGCAGAAUGUAAAGAAAGUGUGAACGUAUUAAGUGGAAUUCUAAUAUUAGCAAUUCAUGCAAUUUGUUAUGUAUGUAAUGUAAAUAUUUACGGCAUUUAUUUAAUUGUUUGUUGUUCUUAUGCCUUAGUGUCUAUUAGAUGGACCAUAUAUUUCCUUAAAAGAUUAACUAGAUAUUUUUAGUGCAAAACUAACAUGACGAAUUUAAUUUAAAUAUUUAUUUGUUGGCUGUGAUAUAGUAUAUUUAGGAAUUUCCAACGUGAUUGCAUUAUUUAUGAAAUGAUAAUUAAAUUAAUAGAAAACCAA